CGUUGGUUGCGAGAGCUCUCCGAAAGUGGCGAAGAUGGUGAAGUGGACACCAUCUGGAAGCUGUGAAGUCUUCUCUUUCUUUCGUAUUGUUUUUCUAUUCCCCUUCAAGUUGUGACUUGAAACGUGGGGUAUGACGCAUUGGAUUUUCUAUUUACGAUAUAUUGAUGAUCAUAACUGGCGCUCUUAUGAUAUGGACAAGCGCUGGUGUUCGGGAUUAUUGAUCAUCUAUGAUACCCUCUCUUUGUGUUACUUUUUGGUUUUCUUAUCUGUUAACAUUUCGGUAUAUGGAAGCUCCCCUAUUUUCGUUUCUUAUAUUAUGUUCGCUCUAGGGGGGGCUCACGGUCUUGAUUGUUCUCGGCGGGUACUAAUUUUCAAGCAAUGAUCAAUCAUGGGAUUUUAAGGGAUUAUUAUGUGUUUCGGUUUAACAAGCAUGGCGUUCGGUUCGGUUCGGUUUUAUACGCCCGUCAUAUUCUCCUUCUUUGUAUCUAUA